UUUUUUUUUUUUAUUGGUUUCUCUUUUUAGACUUUAAUUAAAAGAAACUGAUAAAGAUGGCCACGGCUGAAAUAUCACCUCAUAUUCUUCAGGCCAUUGAAGUUUAUAGCAAAGGUACCAAAGCUUGGUUCGAAGAUGAAAACGAAGCUUGGGUAUCUGCUGAAGUGAUAUCCAAAGAAGUGACCGAUACCGAUGUCAAAAUUAUAUUUCAAAACGACGAACAAUCUGAAAGGGAACAUGUCUUUGAAUCAAAACUACGCUUGUUGGAAAAGAAUAAUGGUGCUACUUUACCUCCACUUAGAAACCCUCCUCGAUUAGAAAAUAUUGAUGAUUUGACCAACCUUUCUCAUUUGAAUGAACCUUCUGUAUUAAACACAAUUCGUAUUCGAUAUGCUCAACGUAAUAUUUAUACUUAUUCUGGUAUUGUGCUGAUUGCAGCCAAUCCUUUUGAUCGUGUACCUCUCUAUGAACCUGAUAUCAUCCAACAAUACUCUGGUCGUCGACGUGGUGAAUUGGAACCUCAUUUGUUUGCUAUUGCUGAAGAUGCUUAUCGAUGUAUGAUUCGUGAAAAAACCAAUCAAACUAUUGUUGUAUCUGGUGAAAGUGGUGCAGGAAAAACAGUGAGUGCCAAAUAUAUUAUGCGGUAUUUUGCUACAGCAGAUGACAAGGAAUCAGUUGGCAAGAUAACUAAAGAAGGUGGAGGUGGAAUGACUGAAGUGGAAGAACAAAUCUUAGCUACAAAUCCUAUUAUGGAAGCUUUUGGGAAUGCAAAAACUACAAGAAACGACAACAGUUCUCGCUUUGGGAAAUAUAUUGAAAUCCAAUUCGAUAAAUCAUGUAAUAUCGUUGGUGCCAAGAUUCGAACUUAUCUUUUGGAACGAUCUCGAUUGAUCUUUCAACCAGAAACUGAAAGAAAUUAUCACAUCUUUUAUCAGCUUUGUUCAGGUGCACCUAUCAAUGAACGCAAGGAAUUGGAUUUGAAAGAUUGGACUAAAUUUCAUUAUUUGAAUCAAAGUGGUACAGGCGUGAUUCCAGGUGUGGAUGAUGUUGAAGAAUUCGAAUUAACUCAACGAUCGCUUUCUAUGGUGGGUAUUGCUGUUCAAACUCAAUGGCAAAUUUUCCGUUUACUGGCUGCCUUGUUACAUAUUGGGAAUAUCGAAAUUGGUGGUCGUAAUGAUGCAACUUUGGCCUCUGAUGAACCUUCUUUAGUUACUGCUACUUCUCUACUUGGUAUUAAGCCUUUGGAUUUCAAGAAAUGGCUUACUCGACGUCAAAUCAUCACUCGAUCCGAAAGUAUUGUUACCAAUCUUAAUCCUACUCAAGCUAAUAUUGUUAAGGAUUCCGUCGCCAAAUAUAUAUAUGCAAGUCUCUUUGAUUGGUUAGUGGAUGUUGUCAAUCGUAGUCUUUCUUGCCAAGAAGAAGGUGUUGUUUCCACUUUUAUUGGUGUAUUGGAUAUUUAUGGUUUUGAACACUUCAAGAAGAAUUCAUUUGAACAAUUCUGUAUCAACUAUGCUAAUGAAAAACUUCAACAACAGUUCAAUCAACAUGUUUUCAAGCUAGAACAAGAAGAAUAUGUCAAAGAAAAGAUUGAUUGGAAGUUUAUUGAAUUCAGCGACAAUCAACGAUGUAUUGAAAUGAUUGAGGCCAAAUUAGGUAUUCUGUCUUUGUUGGACGAAGAAUCACGAUUACCGUCCGGAUCCGACCAAGGUUUUUGUGACAAAUUAUACAACAACUUUACCACUCCAACGUACAAAAACUACUUUAAGAAGCCACGAUUCUCAAACAAGGCAUUUACAGUUGUACAUUAUGCUCAUGAAGUAGAAUAUGAUGCUGAAGGUUUUAUGGAUAAGAACAAGGAUACAGUACCAGAUGAAAUAUUGACCAUGUUACAACAUUCUGAUUCUCAAUUUUUGGUUGACAUGCUACACACUGCUACUGAAGCUGCCAAUGCUUCCGCUCAAUCCAAUCAAAAUCCUGCCCCUGCUGCUGCAUCAACAAAACCUGGACCGAUGAAACGAGGACCUGUGGGUGGAGCAAACAAGAAACCAACAUUAGGAUCUAUUUUCAAAUUAUCUUUGAUCAGUUUGAUGGAUACCAUUGGACAAACAAAUGUGCAUUAUAUUCGAUGUAUCAAACCAAAUGAAGCCAAGGUUGCUUGGGUGUUCGAUGCAAAUAUGGUGUUGGCUCAAUUACGUGCUUGUGGUGUAUUAGAAACAAUCCGAAUCAGUUGUGCUGGUUACCCUUCCAGAUGGACAUUUGACGACUUUGCUGAUCGAUAUUAUGCCUUGGUGAAUUCAAAAUACUGGGAUCCUCAUCUCAAUCCUGAUUUACAUCAACUUUGCUCAACCAUUUUGGACAAGGCCAUACAAGACAAGGAUAAGUAUCAAGUAGGGCUUACAAAGAUUUUCUUCCGUGCUGGUCAACUGGCUUAUUUGGAGAAAUUACGUGCUGAUCGUUGGAAUGAAUGUACUGUCCUUUUACAAAAGAACAUGCGUCGCUUUAUCACAAGAAUUCGGUAUGUGCGUAUGAAGGAAUUAGCUUUACGAUUACAACAAGUGGCAAGGAAAAAGGUGGCUCAACGAAAUAUGGAAUUGAUCCGUCAAAACAAUGCUGCUGUGGUUAUUCAAGCUCAUGUUCGUGGUUAUUUGGCAAGACAAAAACAAAAGCGUACUUUGGCCUUUGUGAUCUCUCUUCAAGCUGCUUCAAAGCGGUUAUUAGCUCGACGUUACUUUGCUCAUUUCCGAGAAAAUCAUGCUGCUACACAAAUUCAACGACUUGUCCGAGGAUGGGCUGUUCGCAAGAGAAUCCAUGGAGAACGCAAAUUUAUCACCAGCAUUCAAGCCAAUAUUCGACGACGACAAGCCAAAAAGCAUCUGCAACAAUUACGAGCUGAAGCCAAAUCAGCAUCACAUUUACAGCAAGUGUCCUACAAGUUGGAAAGCAAAGUGGUUGAAUUGACUCAACAUUUAACAUUGCACAAGGAUGAAAAAGAACAACUCAAGGUCAAGACAACACAAUUAGAAGCUCAAGUACAAUCAUGGAUUGACAAGUACAACAAGAUGGAAAGCAAAUCAAAAUCAUUGGAAAUAUCAUUGGCUGAAGCAACUGAAACCAAAAUGGAAUACCAAAAGUUACAACAAGCAUAUGGUGAAUUGGAAGAAACAUACCAAGUGUCUCAAGCGGAUCUCAAACAACGAGAUGAUACAAUUCAACAAUUGAAAGAUGAAAUUGAAAAGCAAAAGAAUGAAAUGGCUCAACUUAAAUUACGACCUGCACGUAUCCAAACAGAUAGUAAUUCGGCAUCUCACAAUAAUGAUGUAGCAGAACUCAAGAAUCAAAUUGCAGCCCUCAAGACACAAUUAUCACAAAGUCUCAAAGCACCCAAACGUCAAGGAUCAAUUAAUUCACCUUAUCCCCGCAAUUUAUCACCUUCUUCUCGUGGUGGUGCUGGUCGUGGAUUAUCACCUGAACGUGGCGGACGCUCACCUUCUACACCUGGAGUUGGUGGUGCAGCUCAUCGUAUGCAAAGUCCUCUCUCCCUUGCUGGACAAUCUAGCGGUAUCAACAAUCAACACUCAGAUUUUACAACAUCUCCCAGCAAACUGGUGUAUGCUGAACCUGAACAAAUGCGUCCUAUGUCCCUAGAUCACAAGCAUCUUCAAGCUGUGGAAGCUGAAGGCAAUCCGGAAGAAGCUGUACGAACCAUUUUACAAGACGAAGGUUUAUUGGACGAGGAAAUCUUAAAUGGUUUGAUUGUUAAUCUCAAGAUAUUACCUCCCAAUUCACAACAAUUACCUGCACAUCAAGAAGUGGUCUUCCCUGCCCACAACAUUGGCUUAUGUAUUACUCAAAUGUGGCGUUAUGGCUAUUUGGCAGAAUCUGAACGUGUCUUGUUCACUGUGAUGGAUACUAUUCAGAAAUAUUGCUUGGGUUUUAGCGGUGAGGAUACUAUUGUGCCUUGUGCUUACUGGUUAUCCAAUGCUCACGAAUUGUUAUCAUUGGUAUGCUCAACUGAACAAGAACUAGAAAGGGAAAUGAAUUUCAAUUCGAUGAAUGGAAGACGUGCGGUUGGAUGGCAUGAUUUUGAAAAAUUGGUUGCAACUGUGAAAUACGAAUUACAAUGCCUUGAAGACAAUAUUUAUCAUCAUUGGUUGACGGAACUCAAAAAGCGAUUAAACAAGAUGGCAGUUCCAGCAUUGAUUGAAUAUCAAUCUUUACCCGGGUUUAUUGCGACUGAUAAUUCUCGAUUCUUUGGCAAGAUCUUGGCUGGAUCCAAUCAACCUGCAUUCACGAUGGACGAACUUUUAAACUUUUUGAACCGAAUUUACCGUGCGAUGAAGUGCUACUAUGUAUCAUUUUCGGUGAUUGAACAAGUAUUGACAGAACUUUUGAAAUUGAUUGGUGUGUCUACUUUCAACGAUUUGGUGAUGCGUCGAAAUUAUAACUCUUGGAAACGAGCAAUGCAAAUUCAAUACAAUAUUACACGAUUGGAAGAAUGGUGCAAAUCACAUGAGGUGGCCGAUGCGACUUUACAACUGGAACAUUUGAUGCAAGCAGCUAAAUUAUUACAAUUGAAAAAAGUGACACAACAAGAUAUUACGACUAUUUAUGAUGUAUGCUGGUUGCUUGCUCCUACUCAAGUACAAAAGUUAUUACAAAACUAUUAUGUAGCCGACUAUGAAGAUCCAAUCAGUAAUGAUAUUCUUGGAGCUGUGGCGUCAAGAGUCAGCAGUGGGGACACAAAUGAUAUUUUACUACUGGACAAUGUGUCAUUGGAUGAUAGCCCAUAUGAGGUACCUGAACCUGAAACUGUGGUGACCAAUAAUUAUCUACCUGCAUUCCUUCAAUUACAACGAUUGCAACGACUGAUGUCUUUGAUGACUGUAAUUCAACGACCAGCUUAUCGAAAAGAUUCCAUGGAAGUCUGAUGAUCUUUUGAAGGUGUUUUGAAUAGAUCCCGUAUAGUAUAAUUUUAGUUUUUAUUUUUUUUAUUAUUUGUAUACUUUGUUUUUUUUUUUUAUAUAUAAAUAUAUAUGUUUUAUCUUUUUGUAAUUCUAUGACUUUACUGUGGUUUGUGU